UCAAACUCCAGGUGUUCAGUAACUAAAUGCAAGAACUUGUCUCUUUAGUGUCCACCAACUGAAAAUUGAUCUUCAUAGUGAUAUCAUUAGUUCACAUUCUCAAUCUCUCCAUAUCUCCAAAUCCAAAACCCCCCAAAAACCAUGGCCAAAGCUCUGAACCUAAUACCCACCUCAACUUUCCCGCCAUUUUCAUGCCCCAGAAUACCCACAAGGAGAUUACUCUCUGUUAGAGCCACAACAGAGUCCCCUGAGACCCCCACAAGUUCAUCAGCUUCAGUUCAGACCAAACCAGAAGUAAAGCCUGAACCUUUAACAUUUGCUCCUCCACCCAAUUUCAAGGCUCCGGAGCCCAAGCGGUUCGGAGUCCGACCCGAUAAGAGUUUGGACGUGUUGGGUGCUUCUCUUGCCUUGUUCUUCCGAUUGGGCUGUGGCGUUUUCGUUUCUGGGUAUUCGUUUUCGUUUGUUCCGAAGGAUGAGAUUCCUCCAGACCAGUAUGCUCUCGAUUAUAAUGAUUCCAAGGUCAAGGAGACUUCAAAAUUAGGACCCCGGCCAGAGAAGCCUGUUGAGAUAUAUGAGUUUGAAGGCUGUCCAUUCUGCCGAAAGGUUAGGGAAAUUGUUGCAGUACUGGACCUUGAUGUUAUAUUUUAUCCGUGCCCAAGAAAUGGUCCAAACUUCCGUCCAAAGGUUGGGGAGAUGGGCGGCAAAAAGCAGUUUCCUUACAUGGUGGAUCCAAACACUGGAGUUUCAAUGUACGAAUCAGAUGACAUAAUCAAGUACUUGGUUGGGAAGUAUGGUGAUGGAAAUGUUCCUAUUGCAUUGUCACUUGGUUUGUUGACGACUUUGACCGCUGGCCUUGCUCUGAUUGGUCGCUCGGGAAAGGGAAGUAUCUAUACUCCAUCAAAACUACCGCCCAAACCACUAGAAAUAUGGGCAUAUGAGGGAUCCCCUUUUUGCAAACUUGUACGUGAAGUACUCGUAGAGUUAGAACUGCCGCACUUAUAUCGCAGCUGUGCUCGUGGCAGCCCCAAACGACAGAUACUAUAUCAGAAAGUCGGACGUUUUCAGGCACCAUACCUGGAAGAUCCCAAUACUGGGGUGAACAUGUUUGAAAGUGCAGAAAUUAUCGAAUAUCUAAAAGCAACUUAUGCUCUUCAAUGAGCAAUACGUUUUGAAGGCAUGUGGGCUCUCUUUUCAUUUUUAAGAGUUUUCCUUUGUAUAUUUUCUCACAUUUAUAAGUAUAUAUAUGUAUGCCCUACUCUCUUACCGGAAUAAACAGAUAUUUAGACGGUGGUAA